AUGGCCGACCGAUCGCCCCCAGUAGGCCUCAACAUCGCCAGCUUCAAGCUGCGCAACUCCGCCAUCACCGAAGACCUCGAGCGGCAGGAAGUCGAGCGAGAAAACUUGUGGAAGCGCCUCCAGGCGGCGCGGGCCGAGGGCGAUCAACUGCGCGCCCUCGCGCAACGCUCGACCGACGAGGACGUGUCGAGCGCAUCGUCGUCGCCGCGCGCGAUCGCGACGAUCCACGAGGCCCCGGAGGAAGAAGAACCGCUCACGCCGCCGCGGGAGCCCACCACGCCGCUCGAGGAGGCGCCGACGAUUGCCGAGCUCCUCACGGUCGUUUCGCCGGAGCGACUCGCUGCGCGGAUACCGAGCACCGAGGAGGCGCCGGGCGCGGAGCUCGGCUCGCCGGAGCGCCCGCCGCCGCCGCAAGCCGUCCCGGCGUCGUCGCGCUUCGGAAGAGGCGGACGCGGCCGGCACCGGUCGCUGCCCGCGGCGCCGCCGUCCGAGACGGUGAUAGAGGGAUUUGUAUGCCCAGCGUGCUUUAUGCGGGCUCCGACUCAGGAAGUCCUCCAGAGUCACUGGGAGGCCGUGCACCAGACAAGUAGCGACCGAUUCUUCGACGGCGCGCGGGCGGCCUUCCGUCGCGUUAAGAGGUCGAUGUCACAACGACCGGCAUCGUCGAAGGCGACGGUCGCGGCGCCGCCGCCGCCGAUCCGGAAGGCGGCCGUCGCGCGGCGGCACACGUGGGAGAUGGAGUUGGUCAAGUGGCGACAGCACGCUCUUGUGUGA